GUGAGGGGACAGCGAUGAUCCUGCGAGCAAAAUGUCGGCCCUGCCGAGGCUCCGUGAGCGGGUCAGGGGCGGCCCGGAACGGCGGAGCCCCGGAACCCGCGAGCGGCUCCGCGGGGCCCGGGCGGUGCCUGCGCCGAGCGCACCGUCCCGGCGCCUUCCUGCGGCCGCCGCUCCCGCCCCGCUCCCGGCCUGGCCCGGCCCGGCCAUGCGGCCGCUCCUCAUCCUCCUCAUUCUCCUGCUGCCCCUCGGCCGCGCCGCCGCCCCCGGCCCGGCCAACAGCACGGAGGCGCCGCGGGCGGCCACGGGGAACGGGACGCGGCCGUCGCCGGAGACGCGGCGCCCGCCCGGGCCGGGGCUGCUGGCGGGGCCGGGGCUGCCGGUGCUGAGGCGGGCGGUGUAUGUGCUGAGCGCGCUGUCGGCGCUGGCCGCGCUCUAUUUCGUGCUGCGGGCGUUCCGGUUGAAGAAGCCCCAGAAGAAGUACGGGCUGCUCUCGAGCCACGACGAGAACAUCGAGCUGGGCUCCCUGGACAGCGACGAGGACACCGUGUUCGAGACGCGGAACCUGCGGCGGUGAGGGAGGGGUUGAUGACUCGGGACCAGCAGCACCACCUGCCUGGACUGACGGAGAGUCCAAGCCCAGUGGAAUCUCCAGUGCUCAAGUUUCACAUCUUGCUUACAGUGACUAUUAAUUAACGGUUCAAACCCUUCCAUGGCUGGGGCAGGGGAAAGGGGACCAAGCCUGUUUUCUUCACAUGCAUUUUUGGGGACAUUUCUGGGGAAAGGCGGAGCUGAGGUGUCUUGGGAGCUGCUCACUGCACGGGGAGAUGCUGAGGUGCUCCUGGAUGAUGCUCAGCACGUGCAAUGCGAGCUCUGGGCCGUGCCCAGGGUGUUGGUGUUUCAGGGUGCUCAUAUCUCUCUGUCUCAGCCCUAGGGGUCAGCUGGAAGCAUCAGAUGAGGGGAUUCCUUUUCCAGGCUGAUCCUCUUUCCUUCAUGCAAUAUCAGGUUACUUCUUUGGAAAGUGUCUCUGCAAUGAGCUCCAGCCCAGGAGGAGCUGGGAGAGCUCUGGGUGUCUGUGGGGGUGUGAUAGCUCAGACAGAACAGCUUUGGGAAUGAGUUAAAUGGGUUCAGUUUUGCAGGAUUAGCAGUUACAUGGAUAAUCUGGGUCAGUCUCGGGUUUACAGCCAUGUUUACAGAUGAGAGGGGCCACAACCCAAAGGGGUGUUUCUCCAGAAGAGCCACAUCCCUGUGGUCUGUGGGGCUGGGAGUGCCUGGACUGUUCUGCCCAGCCCCAGUCGUGUGGCACCAGGGACACGUGUGUGACACCAGGGACACGUGUGUGGCACCAGGGACACGUGUGUGGCACCAGGGACACGUGUGUGACAUCUGCCAGGGGCUGGACUUUGAGACACCUGGGGAAGAGCCAGGUGUGAGUUGGACCACCUGAACUGCAGGUGUGAGGAGUGUCCUGGAGCAGCUGAUGCCUGGAAAAAGGGGACCCCGACCCCUGUGACUGUGAUUCAGGACAGCCCUGAACUGUGAGUUAUCUCCUCUCAAGGGUGCUGGAGUUUCACUCCAUUGCUGGUACUCAACUGGGAUCUUUCCUGCAGCCCACUGUGUGGAUAUUUGGGAUCUGAUUGUGUAGGACCAAAGGUGAAUGUGUCAGGAGGUCGUUGUCAGGUGGAUCUGCUGCUAAAACUGAAAAUGCUUGCCAAGUGCUCGUGUCCAGGCCCUUCCUUGGAAACUUAAAUCCCAUUUGCACCCCAAGCUGGCAGUGCCUUUGUUUGGAGCAGCCAGGGGAGUUGCCCUGCGGGCAGGGAGGUCCCUGAGUCACCUUUAAGGUGAAUAUUGAGAAUGUCUUUGGAAUGUCUUUGGCUCCAUUCCUUUGGUUUGCACAUCCCCUGCGGAUCAGGGGGCAGGGCUGACACUGCAGGAGGGGACAGAGGGAAGUGUUGGGGUCUGGCUGGUGCUCCAGGAUCCCCUGAGGUGGAGGAGGGAGUGCUGGGAUCCUGGUGGGAUCCCUGGUGGGAUCCUGGUGGGAUCCUGGUGGGAUCCUGGUGGGAUCCUGUGCAAGGGGACGUGUUUUUCCGUGCGGGGCAGGGGAGGUUUCCUGGAGAAAUCCCACCCCCCUGGCAGCUCCAUCUCCCAUGUGCACAAAUGAUUUUAAAAUACACAGAUACACGUUUUUAAUCACUCUGCCAUGUGCUCUCAGCACUGGAUGGGCCCUGCUUUCCUGUUACACCUGAUCCAGGUGCUCCCUGCUCGUGGAGCUGCUGCAGAUGGAAGCAGGCAGAGGUUCCCUGUGGGAAUCACUGGGAUGGCUCAGUCUGGCCACAGCUUCCCUGUGGAUGAUGGGAGCUGUGUGAUCCAUGGUCAGGGAUCCCCUGAUCCUGCAGGGCUGCACGUGCUGCUAACUUCCCUGGCUCUUCAGUUCUCCUGGAAAGUUGUUCCUUGUGCUGAUGAGCCCAGAUGAGCCCAACUGUCCCAGUCCACUGCAACCAAUACAUUCCUGGGCCUUCCUUUACCUGAAGUGAUUAAACCUGAGCAUUCCUUGGGCUCCUCUCUUGCUGGACAGGUGGGGUCUGCAAUUCUCAAGUUUCCUCACCUUGCAGGAGCGGAGGAUUUGUUUGAUGUUGAAUGAUUUGGGUCAGAGGGAAGCUCAAGCAGGACCUCCAGACCGUCGCUGCUGUUUAAGCCAAAGCCAAAUUUAUGAAGUUUACACGAUCCCUCUCUGCUCUGGGAGGCUCUGUGGGUGCUCUGCUGUGGGUGUUGACCUGCCCAGCCCAGCUGGGGCCUCUGGGGUUAAUGGGAUUGAAGGGGAGCGGAGCGAGGUCGGCUCUGUCACUCACCACGUGCUCCUGUUGUGUUCCCGUGCCUGGAAUGGGAUCUGCAGCCCUGGGAGGUGCUGGGAGAGGGGCCUGUGGUGGGAGUGGGUGCCAUGGAGUCAAGAAACAGCCCCUGAGCACGUUGUUGUCUGAGCUCCACGAGGAGCAGCUCCUGUUUCACCCUCCCAUGGAAUCGCUGAUUUGUCUUUAAAUGCCACUGGCCCUGUAUCCAUUGAUGGUUUUCCUGUCAUUGCAGCAUCCCCUCCCUUGUACCUGGAACAAGUGGAAUAAAGCAUUCCAACCCACCCCUCCCUCCGUGGCGUGGGGCUGCUGUGGUGGGUUCAUGGA